UCUAACUUGAAAUCGUUCAUUUAUUGCUGUAGAAAUCUUGAGGAGUUACAAGUUGUCGCCAAGAAAAUAAAUAUAAUUUACUUAAUUUAUCGACAACAAAAAUGGCUGGCAAACGACAAGCUACAACAAACUUGAACCACGACAACUGGGAUCAAGAAGAUGAGCCCGAAGAAAGAGGAACGUUCCGAACAGCGCCGCCAGAAGAGCUAAAAACACGCGUUAUCAAGAAGGCCACACGACGCAAGGUAGAUGCCGGUGGAUUGGAUGGGGAUGGGGAUGAAGCAACACCCAAAGCAAGCAACAGCGUGUUUAGUGGCUUUUCAGGCUUCGGCAAGCCAGCGGCGUCUUUAGUUACCGGUGCCGGCUCCUCCCCAUUUGCAUUUCUUAGUAAUUUGGCGGGUAAGGAUGCCGCAGCAAAGCCAAGUGCGCCCAGCACUGACAAGGCCGAUGCAAAGUGGACGACGCCCUCCACCAAAAUGUUUGCCUUCGAUGCAAAUAAAAAAUCGGAAACAAGUAAAGAUCUGCCGCCAGCUCCAGCAUCGUCUUCAAUUUUUGGCAAUGCUUCUGCUUGUGAACCGGGGAAGUCCAUGUUUAAGAGCAGCGUACCCGCCGAUAAAUCUUCAUCUGGAAAUGCACCUCCUAUAUCCAAUCAAUAUCGGGACGAUGUGAUCGGUUUGAAUAUGGCCGUGAUGAAAUUUCUGCAGGAGCAUUUGGAUAAAACGCCGUGUUGCAUUCUGACACCUGUAUUUGAUAGCUACAACACUUUCUUAAAGGAAGUGCAGCAGGAUAACAACGUUAGCAAUACAACGACUCCAUUAACAUCAAUAUCUGUGGGUGCAACUCCUACUGCGAGCUUCUCAUUUGGCAAACCCAGCACCACAAUCGCUCCUGCCAUAGCACCCUUGGCCAAAAAGCCCAGCUGCACCGUGACCAGCGGUGGCACCACAACCACCUCCACGGCAUCAACGAGCUCUUUUAGCUUUAGCGCCAAACCAGAUGCAAUUAGCACCGCACCAGCUUCAGCUACAUUUAGUUUUGGCCUCAAGCCGUCGACAACCGCCACCAAUUCGGAUUCGUCGUCAAAGCCGGGCUUUUUUAGUUUCGGCAACAAAGAGAGUACAACUUCAGAUGCUCCUCCAGCUACAUCGCCGCCCAAAACAAAUGGCUUCAGCUUUGGCUUGAAGAGCAGUGAUGAUAAGCCCGCUUUAGGUGGGUUUGCUGGCUUUGGCAAGCCAGCUGGUGAGUCCGCUGCAUCCAGUGGUUUUUCGUUUACAUCGCCUUCAACUACAUUUUCAUUUGGCAAUGUAAAACCGCCAACAGCAGCAGCCAUCGAAGCCGCAGAAGCUGCAAAUGCAGAGGAUGAAGAAGAUACGCCACCCAAAGUGGAGUUUAAUAAGGUUGUUGAGGAUGAUGCAACCUUUUCGAAGCGAUGCAAGGUAUUUGUGAAGAAGGACAAAGACUUCGCGGAUCGUGGUGUGGGUACCUUGUACUUGAAGCCCGUUAAAGACUCCGAUAAGACUCAAAUGCUGGUCCGCGCUGACACCAAUUUGGGCAACAUUCUAAUCAAUCUGAUUCUGAGCAAAGGUCUGCCGUGUCAGCGCAUGGGCAAGAACAAUGUCAUGAUGGUGUGCGUGCCAACGCCGGAGGAGAGCAAGGCUAUGUCUAUAUUGCUGCGUGUUAAGACUAGCGACGAGGCGGACGAGCUGUUAGAACAAAUUAAGACGCACUCCAUCUAAGACUUCAGAUAUAUUUGAUCGUUUAUAUAAUUUUUUCAGAAUAUAUUAACAUGGAAAUGUAAA